AUUUAUUACCAUAUAGCUUUAUGAAAAUGCAAUUUUCAUUCUUCUUUCUGUAAUUUAUAAAUUUUAUAUUAUGUUCUUUUUAUUUACUUUAAUUUUAUAAAGUGCUUUGGUUGGAAAAACAAGUCCCUUCUUUCAGCACAACCUGAUUAUAAAUAAAAUACGUAAUAUACAAGGAUACAGCUAGCUAUUUUUAACCCACUGCUCUAAAUAUUUGUAAUUCAGAAUUUGUAUCAAAUUUCAAAGUUGUAUUUGUCAAAUAUAGUUAUCUAAAAGAUUACAAAAAGUUGUAAAAAUUCAAAUUGCAUUUUGAAAUAUAUAUAAAAGUUGUCACUUUUCCCUUUUUAUGAUUUAUUUAUAUUUCUACGAAAAUUUUUGAUUAUGGCUAAAUUAGGAUGGCAAAAAAUUUAUAUUUGUUUCUGUUAAAUAACACCUAGAGUUGGGCACUUUCAUGCAUCAUGAUACUAGAUGACAUAAUAUAUAUUUCCUUGUUGUGCAUAUCCGUAGUUCUUGGACCUCUCAUCAGAAAUGUGCCAAAUGUGUUUCAUCGUCAGUUAUUUUCUACUGUUGCUGGUGUUGUGAUUGUUUUCAUUGUGUCUGGAUCUCAUAUAUUCCAUUCAUUUUUUGUUACUCUCAUCAAUGCAUUAAUUAUAAAAUUUCUUAAAAGAAAAUGUCAUCUAGUCAGUGCCAUCUUCUCCUUUACUUAUUUGGCAUUUUUCCGAAGUACCCAUUAUUUUGGGCUGCCCAUUCCUCCAACGCACACAAAUGCCAUUCAAAUGAUACUUACUUUGAAGAUGGUGGGACUGGCCUGUGAAAUACAGGGAUAUCAAUUUGAUGAUAAAACAAAACAGUUGAAAAAUGCUGAUCUUAUGAAAAAGUACCAAAAAAUCAGCCCAUCAUUUCUUGAUGUUUUUCAUUAUGCAUUUUGUAUUGCUGGAGUCUUAAUAGGACCUUAUUACAAAUUCAGAACAUAUUGGGACACAUUUCACUUACCAUACAGUACCCAUGUUAAUGCUAAUAAAUUUCUAAAGGAAAGGAUUCGGAUUGUUCCUCUUUAUGUCUUGCUAUAUCUUUUGGGAAACUUUUUCUAUCCUUUAGAACUUGCUGCAUCUCCUGAGAUCAUGGAGAAAUCAUUUUGGUAUCGAGUUUUUUAUAUAACUCCAUCAUUUUUCAACUUUCGAAUGAGAAUUUACUCUGGUUUCAUCCUUGGUGAAUGUGUAUGCAUUGCCUUGGGUCUUGGUGCUUAUCCAAAGGCAAGCAACCCUCAACCUGGAGCUGGUCCCACAAAUUUUUCUGCAUUAGAAGAACUGGGAACAAAAAAUUUGUCAUCAAUUGAAUAUUCAUUUGAGACAGUAAAAAACAUAUAUGAAUAUGGGAGUGAAUUUUGGCCUACCAUUAGAGAAGGGAUACGAUCAUGGAAUAGAACUGUUCAGUAUUGGCUUGCAACCUUUGUAUACAAACAAUUGACUUUGUCAAAACCUGCUAAGAUAUGUGUAACAAUGUUUGUGAGUGCUUUCUGGCAUGGUGUUCACCCAGGAUAUUACUUAUGCCUGUGUAGUGCUCCUCUGUUUCUCUUUGUCGAAACUGAAGUUGAGAAAGCAUUUAAACUUUCUGCACCAUAUUCUCAACAAGUAAUUUUUGAUUGGAUUUGGUGGAUUAUAAAAAUGCAGUCAUUUUCUUACAUGGGAAUGCCAUUUUUACUUCUAGAUAUAAGAAGCUGUUUGUAUUUCUGGAAAUCUAUUUAUUUCUGUGGUCAUAUUUCUAUAGUGAUGCUUUAUUUUAUAGCAUAUCGAGUUAACAAAAUCAAAUCAAAGAAACAUUGAGGCAUGCAAUUCUUGUAUUGCAGUUGUUUUUAAAGAGCUUUUUAUUUUUUGUUUUAUUUCGUCCAUUUUAUUAGUUGCUUUAAGUACCUUUUUAUGUUGUAAGUAAUUUUAGCAAUUAAAGGUUGCUAAAAAUUUCUUUAUUCUUCCUGAAAAUAGUAAUAUAUUUUUUAAAUAUAUUUUCAGUUGAAGAAUUUUUAACUCUUGUAGUUAAUAAGAAAUAAUACAUAUAAUUGUGAAAUUUUUUUGUUUUCUAAACCAUUUAAAGGUUAGAUUACUUUCUAAACUUAAGUAUAAUGGAGUCUGUGUUAUCCAACAUAAAUGGGCAUGUACAAUUGAACAGGGAUAAAGAGAUAAUAAGUUUAAUUUUUUUAAUGUAAAAUGUUAUGUUUCAUGUAUUAAACUAAAAUGCUAAUUAUUUAGUGCAUUUUAUGAUUUAAAAGAGAAUUUUAUAACUUCCAAACUUAACAUCUAAGGCUUUCUGAAUAAAAUAGAGCAUUGGUAAAGACAAAACAUUUUUUUUUUCGAAAAAAAAAAUUAGAUUGUGUUUUUGCAGAUAACAAAUAAAGCAUAAAAAGCAUAAAAGCAUAAUAUCCAUGUUCGAGGUCUCUUUUUAAUGUUUUGUGCAAUUAGAGACUGUCUCGGUAGUAUUUAAUCUGUCCUUAAUAAUGAUUUUUACGUCACUAGCUACUGUUCUUCAAACUCGUUUGUUAAAGCAACAGACCUUUCCAUCUUAUUUGCCAUUAUAAAAUGUCAUAUAGAAAAUUGCAAAUGUGAACUGAUUUAAAACAAAAUCUUGCACAGAAAAUAAAUGAAAAAUUACCAGCUUUAUUUGUUAUAAUUUUAGUCUAAUCGAUUUAAAGUCUGAAGCAUUAGUAGCUUAAUGAGUAUUUUUUCCAUCAUGCUCAAUUAUGCUGACAUGAUAAGUAGUGAAACAAACACUUACCCUAACUAUAAGGAAAAGUACAGAGUACAUUUUAACCAUUGAUGUUGCUUAAAAUGGAAUGUUGGAUAAUGACUCUGUUGUAUUAGUUUAGCGAUUUGAUUUUUCUAGGAACUUUGAUGCCUUUAUUAUUUUGACAUAUGUGCUGAAAAAAUUAGUUAUUUCAUUGUGAUUUUCAAACUUAGUGUUUUCAUAAAGUAUAUAUAUAUAUAUUAAUUUUGGAAAACUUUAUGAAGAACAUUGCAUUUAUAUUAUUAAUCUCAUCAAGUUUCUCAACUUGUUUUUUUUCUCUUAAAAUAGAAAUAUUAGGUAACAAACUAGUUA